AUGUUUACUACUUUUGUUCGAAAUAAACAUGAAAUGGCUUUAAAUGAUAAAAGACGAUAUAUUAUACCUUUAUUAUAUGAUAUACCAGCAUUUUUAUUAGUUAUUGUCUUUGAAUUAUUAAACAAUCCAUUAAACUCAUUAUGUAGUCAAAUAGCAAAUUGUUGUUAUUCAGGUUGUUUGCCUAUUCCUGCGAAUGUAGAGUCAUUAAACAAUAUGGGAAUAAAAUAUGUUAUUAAUAUGUGUGCUGAAUAUAAUGGUCCACGUAUAACAUAUAAAAAAUAUAAUAUAAAACAGUUACAAUUACCAACUGUAGAUAGUACAGCACCAUCAUAA